GGUUUGGUUUUGUGUUUUUUUUUUUUUCGUGGCGAUCGUCUGGGGCGUUCCUGGGCGGGACGGUCUUGUGAUUUGCUUCCGUCGUGUGGACUCUCUUGGUAUGGGGACACGUUUUGUAGGGGGGCUCUCUUUGUAUGGAGCUCUCUGUCCUCUAUAUCUCCUCUGUCCGGUGUGGAUAUAUGUUCCUCUCUGUAGUCUCCGUCCUGUGGAUCUAUUUUCCUCUUUCCUUUUUCUGUCCUCUUUCUUUUCUCUUUCCUUUCUUUCCAAAUCUCCUUUAAUGUCUCUGUCUUCUGUUUGUGUAUUGCCGGCGCACUUCAGCGGGUGUCGAGACUGGGUUUGUCGGCGGGUAAGAUUGGCCGUCUGCCGUCAAAAAGACCAGAAGUAGCAAGGCCAGAUCCAAGGCUCAGCAAAUGCAACGUCGAUUUGCGUCGGUUUUU